CACUCACAAGCACAUCGCUUUCACAACCACACCAUCGUCACUCUCUAGCUAUCACAGUACCACCCUUUCCUUUUCCUUUUUUCUUCAUCUUCUUCAAUGGAGAUCAAACAAGAACUGUUGAAGUUCAGGUACCAAAUCGGAAGUGCCAUCUUGGUGUGUCUUUCUAUCUUCUCCUUCCUCUAUCUGGCACCCAGGUUCCUCAACGUCUUGGCCUAUUUCUGGCCUCUCUUUCUCUCCACCGCCCUCUUCCUCCUCCUCGUUAUCUUCUUCGCCAAAACCCAAACUUUCCCUAACUCCGAUGCUUCCAUUCAUAAACCCGCAGAGGAGCUCCUCCACUACGUCGCCGGUGACCACCACUCUGAUCCGCCGCUGGACAACCACAAGUCCGAUUAAAGACCCCAAUGAGAGAAAAUGUCUGUCCUUGUGAUUAAUUGUGAAGAGAAGAUGGUGAUAGCAUAGCAUAGGCCAGAGUAGAUCACAGAUGUCAAAAAACUGAGGAUGCUGCUCAAUUAUAGAUAAAGGGAUUAGAAGACUAAAUUAGUACAUCACAGCCACCACAGUGAUGUUGUGAACUACUCUUCCUUUCUUUCUUUGUAAUGGCUAUAAAUGCUACUCAACCAUGAAAAGUAACAGUACAUAUUUUCUCUCAAAUUCUCCUACCUGUAGGGUUGUUUUAUCUUCAAAUCUAAUAAAUUGGUAGGUUUAAAAUUA